UAAGGUAGUCAUUUGAGAAUUGAUGAUCGAGUAAUAUGAUAUCCGUUUUCAAACUCUAGUCUCUUCUCAGUCUCUUUCGCUCUGCAACUGUUCAACUUCUUCUUCUUCUUCGAAUCCAAAGUUUCCGCUCCGAUCUUCUACAGUUAGAAAAUUAAAAUGCAGCAUUUCGUGGAUUUGCAAAACAGUUCCAACUUAGGUGACUCAGAUUCAUGGCUUUCAUCAUCCACAACCGCUGUUGCUUCAGCACCUAAUUCCAAUUUGAAUCGUGACCUAUUCAACGAUCUCGUCGAAAUUGUCCCUCUCGUUCAAUCCCUCAUAGAUCGGAAACCGAGUCGUUCGUUUACUCGUCGUGGUUCCAUGAUCUACACCAAGGCACCUGCAAGAGAAUCAUUGGUUAAAAAGGCUAUAGAUUCAAAAAGUAGGAAUGUUGCUCAAUCUAUUUCUGCCACAAAGACAAGGGACCAUGGAGCAAAUGAACAAGGACAAAAUGAUGCUGAUAGCUUUUCUAUGUUUUCUGGAAGAGCUUUUACAUCAGAGAAGGACAUAGAAGAGUUGGCUACAUUGAAGGAACAGAUAGGGGACCUUCAGCUGAAAUUAAGGGAGAAAGAUGAACUUUUAAAGUCAGCAGAAAACUUGAGAGACCAGAUGAAUGCUGCUAAUGCAAAACUUGAUGAAAUGAAACACCAGGUUUCAGAAAAGGACGGUUCACUAAAGUAUACUCAACAACAACUCUCUGAUGCUAAGAUUAAACUUGCAGAUAAGCAAGCUGCCCUUGAAAAGAUACACUGGGAAAUGAUGACAUCCAACAAGAAAGUGGAGAAACUCCAAGAAGAGCUAGAUUCUGUGCAAACAGAUAUUUCGACAUUCACGUUGCUGCUUGAAGGCUUAGCAAAAACUGACACUGCUAAGUAUACCGAUGACUAUGACACCAAGCCUUAUAUUUUCAGUCAUGUGCCUGAUAUUGAUGAUAUGGAUGAGAUGGAAUGCCAGAAAAUAGAAGAAGCGAGAAAAGCUUACAUUGUCGCAGUUGCUGUUUGCAAUGAAAAACAAGAUGAAGAAUCUGUUGCUGCAGCUGCUAAUGCUAGGUUACAUCUUCAGUCACUACUUUUCAAAUCCAAAAAUUUCAACCUGUGAUUAGCUAAUUUCAUUUAACAUGUAUACACGCCGGGUCCACUAAUGGAGUAAUGGUAAAGUACCUAUCCAGUGUGGAAGGGAGAGAUUUGUUUGUUUACAUGCUUGUUUGUGUACAAAAUAUAAAUUUGUGCCAUCGUAUGUACCAAAUCAAUAGAGCUCGUUCGACAAAUUUUUUUUCUUUUGGAAAAGCCUUCAACAAGGUUUUAAUGUGAAUAUUUGCAUUCAAAACAGCAGCAAACUGUUACUGUGAUGACCAAGUUGUCUUCUGGUUUCAUACUUUCCCUAUGUUGUCCAUAUCUUUGUAACACAAGCUGGACCUUGUGCUAUUUUGUUUGUGCUUUAUUUUUGUAUAAAUUCUUUAGUUAAUUUCUUUUUGUAUAAAUUCUAAUGAAAAGGUGAAAACUUACUUGAUGUA